AUGUCUCACUCAGGUGCUCAAGGUAGCAUUGGCAGCCAUUCUGCCAUUGGGCUGCGCAAUUCCAAGAUAUCCCUCUAUGAAUUUGAGAACUUCCAAGCCAGGAUGGACCUGUUCGGCGAGUGCCGUAACCUGUGCGAGAAGGGUUUCGAGAAAAUUGGCUCCAUCAGGGUAGAGUGUGGACCUUGGGUGGGUUUCGAGCAGCAGAACAACCGUGAGAUGUUCAUGCUGGAGAAGGGAGAGUAUCCCCGCUGGGACACCUGGUCCAACAGUUACAGGUGUGACCGCAUGAUGUCGGUCAGGCCCGUCAAAAUGGAUCCCCAGGACCACAAGAUUUGCCUGUUUGAAUGUCCAAACUUCGAGGGUCGUAAGAUGGAGGUGUGUGAUGAGGAUAUCCCCAGCUUGUGGUCCUACGGCUUCCAGGACCGUGUUGCCAGCAUCCAGGUCACCGGAGGAACCUGGGUGGGUUACCAGUACCCUGGCUACCGUGGCUACCAGUACGUGUUUGAAAUUGGCCCUUACAAGCACUGGAACGACUGGGGAGCCCACCACCCCCAGAUCCAGUCCAUCCGCAGAGUGAGGGACAUGCAGACACACCGCAGAGGCUGCUUCGAGCUGACUGCAUAG